AUGGCCAGCAGGGCGGCGGCAGGGCUCCUCCUGUGUGGGGUUGCCCUGGUCUUCCUGGUGCUGCUGCAGGGCACACAGUCUGUCUACAUCCAGUACCAAGGCUUCCGGGUCCAGCUGAAAUCGGUGAAGAAGCUGAGUGACCUGGAGGGACAGUGGGCGCCCAGCCCCCGCCUGCAAGCGCAGAGCCCCCAGCCCUCCGUGUGCCACCACUCGGCCCUGCCACCAGACCUCCAGCCCAUCUGCCAGUCUGAGGAGGCGGCCAGCAUCUUCCAGGCCUUGAGGACCAUCGCUGGCGAUGACUGUGAGCUGUGUGUGAAUGUUGCCUGUACCGGCUGCAGCUGA